AUGAGUGGUCAUUUAGGAUGGCCUAAAAUUCCUUUCUUAAUCGGUGUGGCUGGUGGAACUGCUUCUGGAAAGUCAUCAGUAUGUACUCGUAUUAUCGAACGACUGGGGAUGGCGCAUAAACGACGAGUCGUUGCUAUAUCACAAGACUCAUUUUACAGGGAUUUAACCGAAGAAGAAUCGAAGCGAGCUGAUCGUGGAGAUUUCAACUUCGAUCAUCCCGAUGCUUUUGAACACAAAAAUAUGCUAAAUGUUUUAAAGAAAUUACUUCGUGGAGAAAGCGUUCGCAUUCCCAAUUAUGAUUUUCGUACGAAUUCGAAGAAAAGUGAUAGCAUUUUUGUGGAACCGGCAGAUGUCAUUCUUGUUGAAGGUAUCCUUAUAUUUUAUGAUCAGGAACUAAGAGAUUUAUUCGACAUGAAAUUGUUCGUUGAUGCUGAUUCGGAUGAUCGCUUGGCUCGGCGUGUUCAACGAGAUAUAAAGGAACGUGGUCGUUCUCUUGCUCAAGUUUUGCAUCAGUAUCUUUAUCUCGUUAAACCAGCUUUCGAGGAUUUUUGUCUACCCACAAAAAAGUAUGCUGAUAUUAUAAUUCCACGUGGUGCCGAUAACGAAGUUGCUAUUGAUCUUAUUUUGCACCACAUUCGUGAAAUUUUACGAUCACCUUUAUGUUCAUCGAACUCUUCACUAAAUGACAAUAACGAACAACAAAGUGAUCAAAGUGAUAUUCUACCAUUGUUUUCUCAUCUGCAUUAA